AACCAAAUUAAGCGACCGACUUGCUAUGGCUUCUCCCUCACGUCCGCCGCCGUCUGCUCCGCCUUCACAGCGUCCCCUCAAACACCUUCCUCCGGCGGAGGAAGUCUUUACAGAAGACACCAGCAGCUCCGCCUCUUUAUCCCACAACCCCAGUCUCCUAAUCAUCUCCGCCAUUAUCGCCUUCGUCUUCAUCGCCUCCGCCUUCAUCCACCUCCUCCUCCGCCUCCUCUCCUCCCGCCUCCGCAGCUCUUCCGUCGCCGCAGCACCCCCUCCGCCGCCGCUUCCGCCGCCGCCGCCUUUGCCACUCCCGAGGCGAUCUGACUCCCAUUCCUCCGCAGCUGACUCCGGCUUCUCCGACAAAGACAAGGCGGCUCUGGUCGAUUCGCUUCCGCUGUUCUCCCUCGCUUCCUCCCUCUCCGUCCUACCCAAAUCCUCCCCGGAUUGCGCCGUCUGCCUCUGCCCCUUCCGCCCGCACGACGAGCUCCGCCUCCUCCCGGCCUGCCGCCACGCAUUCCAUUCCCAAUGCGUCGAUCCCUGGCUCCGAUCCGCUCCAUCUUGCCCGCUCUGCCGCGCCUCUAUUGCCCUCCCGGCCGCACCCCUGCCGUCGUCGCCGCCGCCGCAACCGCCGCCCCAAGAUCCCUCAACGACCGGAAGCUUCCGUGUCGAAAUCGGAAGCGUCAGUCGGAGGGGGAUGACGUCGGAGGCGGAUCUGACCGCCGGGAACCAUCCGCGGCACCUGCGGACGUUCUCGUUAGGGUCGUCGCUCGAGUACAUUGUGGACGAGGAAGUGGAAGCAGUGGUGGCGUGGAUUCCGAGGCGGACGGAGAAGGAAGAGAAGCGGGGAGCGUCGGCCGAGCCGGAUCCCCCGCAGCCAGCCGCGGAGGUGGCGGAGGUGGCAGGGGGAGGAGGGAGAGGGUGGCUGAGGGAUCACGUGGACCGGUUAGCCUCCUCGGCUUCGUCCACCUUAUCUUCGUUGCAGUUCUCCGGGCGGUGGAGCCACCGUUACGACGGCGGCGAGGGAGGACGGUGGUCGCGGGAUCUGGAAGGGAGCGCGCGGCGGGAGGCGGAGGAGGGCGGCUACUACGACUUCUACAGGUGGCUGGUAGGGGCAUAACUGUCAGAAGCUUCUUUAGCAUUAGUCAAAUGACGAUAAUGCCCACGAUAUGCCUCAACAACGACUGGGUAACUUCGGAGAGCGAUUUUGAUCAUUGUUUAGGAGUUAAUUUCAAAUAGAUAACAGUAAUGAAGUCAUUAGUGCCACUUAAUCCAGCUUAAUUUGAGUUGUAUUAGCACAAACGAAGAUGAAUCCCGUGAUUUAGUAGUUUAGAAGAAUCAAAACAACAUUAAGAAGAUUGGACCAGUUUUAUAUUGUAUUUU